AGUCCGCUUGAGACAGAAGCUUUGCGCCUGGUCUCGCGGUACGCACCGGUCAACAGUGAUUUGGAAUAGUAUCAUGCUGUCCUUAAAGACUCUGACGUGAACGCGUGCGAUGUGCUUAACAACAAGAAAAUAAUAAUUUUGAAAUCUCACAACAUGAGGACAGCGCUUUCACUCUCUGACAGGGAAAACUUCCAGUGAGACUGAGAGGGAUUUCCACGGGCUGAAAGCCUUCCACAGCAUGCGCAAUGGACACCACUAACGGCACAGGACCUGGCGGGCUCGCGCCCUGGAACUUUAACAAUUCACUUACCAACGUGUCCACAGACAUCUUCCUGACCAAUCAGAGCUGCGAUGUGGGUAACGGCACCUGCACGGGCACAGAGGGGUCGGGGUUUGGCAGCCCCUACAAGACAGUGGAGAUGUUGUUUAUUGCCCUGGUAACGGGUUCCCUUAGCUUUGUGACAGUGGUGGGCAACAUCCUAGUCAUGCUGUCAAUCAAAGUCAACCGCCACUUGCAGACCGUGAACAAUUACUUCCUGUUCUCGCUGGCAUGUGCUGACCUCAUCAUUGGUGUGUUCUCCAUGAACCUCUACACGGUGUACCUAAUCAUGGGCUAUUGGCCAUUGGGGCCGGUGGUGUGUGACCUCUGGCUGGCGCUAGACUAUGUGGUCAGCAACGCCUCCGUCAUGAACCUGCUCAUCAUCAGUUUUGACCGCUACUUUUGUGUGACCAAGCCGCUCAGCUACCCAACAAGACGCACCACUAAGAUGGCGGGCCUGAUGAUCGCGGCAGCCUGGGUGCUCUCCUUCAUCCUGUGGGCUCCCGCCAUCUUGUUCUGGCAGUUCAUCGUGGGCGAGCGGACGGUCCCGCCCGGAGAGUGCUACAUCCAGUUCCUGUCCAACCCGGCGGUGACCUUUGGCACAGCAAUCGCUGCGUUCUACCUGCCCGUGGUCAUCAUGACAGUUCUGUACAUCCACAUCUCACUGGCCAGCCGCAGCCGUGUGUCCAAGCAGAAGUCUGAGGCUAAGAAGGAGAAGAAGGGGCUGAAGGCCCCAGGGCUACUCAAGAGCCACAUCCUGAAGCAAAACAACAACAACCAGCUGCCCUCCACUGCCAAGCCAAGUCUGGAGAGCAGCGCCGCCCUGGAGGACACGCUGAAGAACGGCAGGGUGGAGGAGGCCCCACCCAGCCAGGCCCAGCCAAGCACCGCCCCCGCCGAGGAGAAGGAGACCUCCAAUGACUCCAGCACUGCCAGCAAUGCCCCAAAGGAACCCAAAGAACGUGCUAACAGCGAGGCCACUUCAGAGGUCGGGCUCUGUCCUCCUGCCACCCCCACGCCCGCACCCUCUGCCACUCCAGCCGUCAAAGUAAACCCCGGCUCCAAGUGGUCGAAGAUCAAGAUUGUGACAAAGCAGGCAGGGGACGAGUGCAUCACCGCCAUCGAGAUUGUACCCCCCAAUGAGCAGGCGGAACGCCACUCCAUCCCCGUUAACCGACCGCGCACCGUGGCAAGAAAGUUUGCCAGCAUUGCCCGCAGCCAGGUGAAGAGGAAGAGGCAGAUGGAGGCCCGGGAGAAGAAGGUCACGAAGACGAUCUUCGCCAUCCUGCUGGCUUUCAUCCUGACCUGGACACCCUACAACGUCAUGGUGCUCAUCUCCACCUUCUGCCAGUCCUGUGUGCCAGACACGGUCUGGGCCAUCGGCUACUGGCUCUGCUAUGUCAACUCAACCAUCAACCCAGCUUGCUACGCCCUCUGCAACGCCACCUUCAAGAAGACCUUCAAGAACCUGCUCAUGUGCCAGUACAAGAACAUCGGCACCAGAUGAGCUGGACCUAGGAAUAGAGGGAUGGAGGGAUGAGGGACGGAGCAGGAAAGUCUGAGGAUUGAGGAGAGGGUUUAUACUGCAAUAUCUUGUAUACAAAGAAGAAGGGGAAGAUGUGGACCAGACUAGAAUAGUGGGAAAUAGAAGAAGAGAAGAGGUGGGCGAGAAGGAGGGAGUCAAGAAGAUUGAAAGAAAGGGAUAAAGGAGGGGAUGGGGAUACAGGCGGGGACAGAAGGACAGGAUGGGAGGUAGUUCCAGAUCUCUCUAUCUCCCUGAUUCUCCUCAAAGAAGACAUAAUCCACUGUGUAGACCGGAUCUUAAUGAACAGCAUACACCUACAUUCAAUGCUGUGUGUGGGUUGGGCCUAAGACCUAGUUAUAUGUGUAACCCUCAUAUAUGAGACAUUAACACUUGAAUUCUGAAUCUGUUGGUGGGUUGGCUGUAUUCCUCCCUUCAGAGACAGAGAAUACAGAUCGUCUUCAGUACAAGGCAGUGAGUGAGAGAAACACUUUCUCUCUCCUCCCUCCUUUCUCUCUAUCUUUUCCUUCCCUUGCUUUCCCCCUCCUUCCCUCCGUCCCUCCCUCCUUCCCUCGGCCCCAAACCAUCACAACCAGGAAAGGAGAUGAGAGGAUGAGAGCCCCAGGAGUCUGGUCGUACCAGCCUCUCAGACAGCUCCACCUCAGAGAACUGUAACAUCACCGUGGUGGAGGUGUAAUACUGUAAGACGCCUUUACCCCCACCAGUCUCAGUGACUUGCUAGACGAGAAACAACCCCUGUUGUGUUAGUUCCAAAAGAAUGUGGUUCCAAAUGAUGACAGAAGUGGUUGGAAAACCACCUGGCCUGAGAUCUACCGAUGUGUGCUGACUUCCUGAGCCAAUGCCUGUUGCUUGGUUUCAGGUUAACGAGCUAGUGCUAGUUAAGUGCUUUCGUGCAGGAAAACACAGGUCAUAAUUCUCAUUUCAAUCAGGAGAUCAUGAUGUAAAUGUUUCUCAAAGUUAUUAAAGAAAACCAAAAUUGAACCCUCUACAUAAACAGGAAUUGUUUUGAAGAUGCAGUUGGGUACUAUAACUCUAGGCCAGUCUCGGUGAAGGAUGUGUCAAACUUCCUGGAUGAACUGCAAAUGCAGAUGUCCAAGAAAUUGUGUACAUAUGUGUGUGACCGUGAUGUACAGAGUAAGAUUAUUAACGUGUUUUAUAUAAUUGAUCUCUACCACCAGAGUCUUUUAUGUAAAUAGCAGAAUGUUGUAUGCUUCCUGUUCGUUCUACAGAGUUCAGCUUUCCUCAUGCGUUUACUAUCUGAGUGUUUGUACCUCUCCUGUGCUACAAUUGUGAUUUACACACUUUUACAAAUUGAAUAUAAACUAUAUAACUGUCUGUAUAUGCAAAACUUAACUAAGAGAUUGUAUUUCUAAUCUGUCGUUUCAACUUGGACUUUUGGAAACAUUGUAAAUGGAUUGACAUUUUUGCUGUUUUGAAAUGCCAAUGGUGGUUAUAGUUCUUAAUCUUGCAACAACAACCCUCCAGAUUAAGACACAGGGUGCGGUCUGACAAUAGCCCUCCAGAUUAGGACUAUAAGGCUAGGGUGGGGCUGUGGUGUGGCAUGAUAGGGUGGAGUCCCCCACAACCCCCUCCCAGACCCUGAGCCAGUGUACAGAGCCUGAGGAUCAACAUGUUCUUUUCUAACCUGUAUAAUAAAGAUCUUGG